UUGAGGAAACUAUCCAUAACGACCGAUUCGUGAAUUGCAUUUUCCACACGGACAAUAAUAACAGCAGAACAAAGAUGGCGACGUCCCUGCUCAGGUUAGGUCGAUUCGGAUCUGUCAAGUGUCUGCUGCGUGAGGGCUGGGGGACAUCUAGGACCCCAUUUGUUGCAGCUCUCUGCACUAAAGCGGACGUCCCACCCAAAACAGCAAAGAAGGCAAAGGCUCCAAGUAAGACCAUAGAGGCAGAUGAGAGGGCCUCUCUUCUAGCCUACAAGCCCGCAGUUGCCUUCCCUUCUAAGCUGUCUGCCACAGGAUUUCUUCCCAAAGAUGUAGCUUUAGGUGAGUCUGGAAUUUCUGCAGCUGCUGUGAAAGAGACGACAGCUGGCGGUCCGGUUGCUGAUACGGCAGCAGCUGAAGUUGCUGUUGAAGAGGCAAAGAUCAAUGAAGUCCCUAAUGAAGUAACUACAAAAAGUGAAGGAAAAAAGGCCUCAGAUGUUGAGGCAGAAGUACAGAAAGAUCAAGACGAUAGCUCUUCUUCAUCCUCAUCUUCAUCCUCCAGUGAUUCUGAUUCAGACUCUGAUUCUGAUGAUGAGAAACCAAAGACUGAAACACCAGUAGAGUCUGGAGAUAAAGCAGCAAAGAAGAAGAAAUCUCCUAGGCUGACGAUUGAAGUAGAUGUUGCAGAUGAGAAAGCAAAGCCUGAAUCUGCCUCAUUUGGAGAAGCUCGAGAAAGUGCUGAAAGUGUGACUAAAGCAAAACCAAAAAAGGCUCCUGCACCAAGUGCUAAAUCAGAUGGAUCAGAUGAAACCCUUAUUGAUCCUGCUCCUAUAUUAUCUUCCUCCACAACUAAAGCAAUUCCAAAAUGGUCCAGUGAAUCAAUUACAGUUGACACUCCUGACAAGAUAGUGGACACUGCAACAGAAGUUCUUGUUGAGAAGAGUGCUGUUGAAAAGGAACAAAAAAUCAAAGCUGAAGAAGCUGUCAAAGUUGCUGCAAAAGUUGCCCCAGAAGUCCCUACAGAAGCCAGCCCUGAAGAAGUAGUCAAAACCGCUGUUGAAGCUAGUCCUGGAGUAGCUCCUGUGGCUCUUGGAGAUGUUGAAGCUAGACCUGAAGAUGCGUCAUCCAAAGCUGAGGCAGGAACGCCGGCAGCCGCUUCAGAAGAGCUGGUAGACCCUGCACCUGUGGCGGCUGAUGCUGUAGAGGCUCUGGCUGAGACGAACGUUGAGGAACAAGCUGCACAGAAAGCCCCAGAGCCAGAGCCUGAACCCUUUGACAUCACCACGUACAAGAACCUGCAGCACCACAACUACAACAUGUACACCUUUUCUGAUAUGGAUGUAGAGCUGUCUAAACACCGUCUGCCCCAGCCUUCCUCAGGCAGAUCCUCACCCAGGCACUGAAGUUAUCGCUACCUUUGUGCACAACCCUGUUUCUUUCAUGUUCAUUGUUCCUCGGAUGAUUUAUUGGCAACAUCUUAAGCUUUAUGCCAGAAUUCUAUAAUUAUGAAAUUAAAAUGAUUUAACUUCA